AAACAAAUAUCUCAACUUGGGUUCAUUGUUUGCUUACCACAUGCACAGGGCAUUUUGAGCGAUAAUGGCGGAUUUAAACAAUAAAAAGUCUACACGCUUGCAUAACGGCGAUCCGGCUGUUAAUGGUAAGGUCAAAUCUCCGUUUCUUAUCGGUGUUGCCGGCGGCACAGCCAGCGGAAAAUCGACGGUGUGCAAGAAAAUUAUGGAGCAACUGGGACAAGCGGAAAUGGAUGACACACAGCGCCAGGUGGUGUCCAUAAGCCAAGACAGUUUCUAUCGCGAGCUAACACCGGCCGAGAAGCAGAAGGCCCAAAAGAGCAAGUUCAAUUUUGACCAUCCGGACGCAUUCAACGAGGAGGAGAUGUACAACACUCUGCAGCGCAUCCUAAAGGGUGACAAAGUCGAAAUACCCAGCUACGAUUAUCGGACAAAUUCGCUUGACUUUGAAAACAAGCUCGUCAUUUAUCCAGCUGAUGUGGUGCUCUUCGAGGGCAUCCUUGUGUUUUAUUUUCCAAAAAUUCGCGAUCUGUUUCACAUGAAGCUCUUUGUAGACACCGAUUCGGAUACGCGUUUGGCGCGACGCGUGCCACGCGAUAUCAAUGAGCGUGGCAGGGACUUGGAUGCGGUGCUCACCCAGUACAUGACCUUUGUAAAGCCCGCCUUCGAGGAGUUUUGCUCGCCGACCAAAAAAUUUGCUGACGUCAUUAUACCGCGCGGUGCAGAUAAUACAGUUGCCAUUGAUCUCAUUGUACACCAUAUCGGAGAAAUACUCGCGGCCACCAACAUCGCACAGCACAACAACACAGUCAGAGCUGCGGCCUCCAGCAUGAAGCGCGAUCACUAAUAAAAAAACAAAGAAAUAAACUUUUCUCUUUAUAUUUCCCAAAAUUCCUGUUCCUAACCAAAUUAUGAUUAUUAAGCUCGCACUAAUUGCAAAAACAGUGUAUCAUUAUCAGUAUCAUAAUCUGUGUCUGUAUCUGUAAAGAGCGCAGGUCGCAAUUGGAUUUCAAGGCGCGUCCGUUCACAUUUGUGGUCCUCGCACACAUUUAACCGAAUAACGUAGCCUUAAGAUGGAAAAUUAGUUAAUUGAGUGUUGCACUUACAUAUAUUUGUCUAUGUAUAUUGGCGUGUAUAUUGUAAGCUUGUUUCUUAUUCAUAAUUAAACUUAACUUACCAACUAAAGUGUGCGCUUUAUCGCCGCGUUUCCCGUCUAACUUGGGCACGAUUUAACCAAACCUAAUUUUACGAGUUACUAUGAAUGAAAAGAUACAACAAUAUCAAAUACAGAUAGAUAUAUUCUUAUUAGUUACAAUGCUGAAAAUCUCUUGUUUUAAGCACUAAAUGGUCGAAUACACAAAUAAAUUCCUACUAAAAACACA